AUGCCGCCGAAGCGCCCUACCAAGCCUCCUGGCGGCAAGAGUGCGCGCAAGCCUGCGGCCAACCGCACCAAGAUGCGCUCACUCUCCCUUCAAGAAAUGUACAUGCGAUCGUGUGCGGAGAUGGGGCUGCGGCCCAAUAGUGCCUUUACAAGCGUCCUGCCUGACAGAUGCGGCGUCGAUUACGCCGAGGAAACGGUUGACCUUAGCCGAAAUUAUGUAGGGGACAAGGGCAUUGCGCCUAUCCUUGCCACUAUCGAGAAAAUGCCCAAUGUGCGCGCCCUCAUCCUCUCCGAGAACGGCUUGCGCAAUCGUGGAGUAGAGCUGCUGUGCGCCAGUGCGGCCAACAUGCCGAACCUCGAGUUCAUCGAGCUCUCUGACAACUUUAUCAGCGAGGGGGCGGCUGUAGCCCUCUUCCGACUUAUCGAGCACCACUGCCAACUUCAAGUGGUCGUUUUCGAAAACACUAAAAUACCGGUGCAUUGGAGAGUCAAGCUGCUUGACAUGCUCGCCUCAAAGCGCAGCACGAGGCAGGAGCAAGUCCGUGCUUCCAUCCUAGUGAGCUGA